AUGCUCGGAAGCGCUAUAAUUAAAAAAAAAGGGAAUGAGUCAAAAGAGUGCACCCGACGACCUGUCACUAGAACAAUUGCCCACACUCGCUUUGCCGGCACAGUGAGUGUGGGGUGCCCUUCACGCGUGGAAGAAGGGCAUGCACUUCAACACAAGAUGAAGGGUGAAAUGCACAUCCAUGAACCGGAUGACGGUCCUCAUUUAAGCGAGGGUGGAAAAAAAGUAACACUCUACGAAGGAG